AUGUCUUCUCGCACUGCCAGCAGAACUCUUCGCGCCGCAUUGAAGCAGGCCUCGCGCCCCGCUGUCCAGCAGCAGCGCACUUACCUCAGCGCUGCCCUGAACGCUGCCCGCACCACUGGUGUCAAGCAGCUCCCCAGAGCUUCCGUUGCUGCUCAGCAGGUUCGCGGUGUCAAGACCGUUGACUUUGCUGGUGACAAGGAGAAGCGCUCCGACUGGCCUCGCGAGAAGCUCCUUGAGUACUUCAAGAACGACACUCUUGCUCUCAUCGGCUACGGUUCGCAAGGUCACGGUCAGGGUCUCAACCUCCGUGACAACGGCCUCAACGUCAUUGUUGGUGUCCGAAAGGGCGGUGCCUCAUGGAAGGAGGCCCAGCAGGAUGGCUGGGUUGAGGGCAAGAACCUCUUCGAUAUUGACGAGGCCAUCAGCAAGGGUACCAUCAUCAUGAACCUCCUUUCCGAUGCCGCCCAGUCCUCCACCUGGCCUCACAUCAAGCCCCAACUCACCAAGGGCAAGACUCUCUACUUCUCCCACGGUUUCUCCCCCGUCUUCAAGGACCAGACCAAGGUCGAGGUCCCCUCUGACAUCGAUGUCAUCCUUUGUGCCCCCAAGGGUUCCGGCCGUACCGUCCGCACUCUCUUCAAGGAGGGCCGUGGUAUCAACGCCUCCGUCGCCGUCUUCCAGGACGUCACCGGCAAGGCCGAGGAGAAGGCUGUCGCUCUCGGUGUCGCCGUCGGUGCCGGUUACAUGUACAAGACCACCUUCGAGAAGGAGGUCUACUCUGACCUUUACGGUGAGCGUGGUUGCUUGAUGGGCGGUAUCCACGGUAUGUUCCUCGCUCAGUACGAGGUUCUCCGUGAGCGCGGCCACUCUCCCUCUGAGGCCUUCAACGAGACCGUCGAGGAGGCUACCCAGUCCCUCUACCCCCUGAUCGGCGCCCACGGCAUGGACUACAUGUACGCCGCCUGCUCCACCACCGCCCGUCGUGGUGCCAUCGACUGGAGCGCCCGCUUCAAGGACGCCCUCAAGCCCGUCUUCGACGACCUCUACACCUCCGUCCAGACUGGUGAGGAGACCCGCCGCACCCUCGAGUACGCCUCGCAAUCCGACUACCGCGAGAAGUUCGAGGCCGAGAUGGAGGAGAUCCGCAACCUCGAGAUCUGGCGCGCCGGCAAGGCCGUCCGCAGCCUCCGUCCCGAGAACAACUAA